GUAUUGUGACGUGUUCAAUUGAUCGUUAUGGCGGGUUGUUUUGCUAGCAAGUAAGAAUGAAUGUAACUCAACUUGUCAUUCAUCGCUUUCUAACUGGCGGUUUUGGUGGACUACGGAGACUUUCAACAAAAUGGGAAGUACCGGCGACGAACUGAAGGAGUUUCAAUCACUUCAUGGUAUGUACGAAGAAAACGAAAAUUGUUUAGAGUGUGCCGUUAGCGGCAAUGUAAUUACACAGCCCAAAAGAUGCAGAAGAUUUGCCAACGAUGAAAGCAACAAUGAAGCAAUCACGACUGAGCUACUAAAAAUAAGCCAAGAUUUCAAGAAAAGAAUCAGUGAAGAAGUUUCAUCAUACUGUGAAGGAAUGGAAAAUGCCGUUUUGGCGAGCAGCUCUGAAAACACAUUGGAUGACAAAAACAUGAUUUGGCGAACAGUAGAGAAAGACAAGACACUGAGGUGCCGACGCUUGAAGAGAAUUUGUAUAUCCCGAGAUGCACCAGUAUCUUUGUCUCCUGAUGAUCGACGUAUCAAUGAAGUCGUAUACAAGCUUGCAAUUGAUACGCUGGAGAUUGAGAAUUCUCUUCGCUUGCACGGAAUCUUGAGGUAGCACUUUAAACAGAACCAUAUGUGACGUAUCCUCAUGUUUUGCCUUGAAAGGAGCAGUUGUCAUUCUGAGAGCCACUGGAAGGUUUAGAAAUUCAAACGCGUAUGAUACAUUUUCUCGAUGUGCAUGAAUUUUAAAUGACCAUUUCAAGUAGGAUUUUUUCACCAGAGUUUACCAUAUCUCUUAUUUCAUUCAAUAUUAUAUUUUUGAACUUUUGUUUGGAAACAGUCUAUCAACUGCUUCAUUUUUAAAUUGCUAUUAAAUUAAAAAAGCUUUUAGUUCAAUUCUGGUAACAAAUAGUGGUAAAGCUUGAUCAGUGAGAAUGAAGCAGGCAGAUGCUGUGGUUAUAAAAUAAAUGGUGGGUAUCAGCAACAAAAUUUUCCAACUGAUCAUGUGUUUCUUUUCUAAAAAAUUAAAAUACACAUAAGAUAAAACAUGAAACGAAAAAGUUUUUCUUUUUCGCUCUUUAUUUUUGGUUUGUUUCAUAAUUAAAUCCUCCAAUCAUUUUUCACAUAGUAAGCAGUGUAAAAACUGACACGUUUAGGAAGGUAUAUACAAAAACACACAAAUUGUAAAAAAUGAUAAUACGCAGAUUCGCUGCUUAAAAAAAAUACACACUUGAUACCAAAUUGCUACCAAUACAUAAUGGAACGUGUAGGACUAUGUGCAGAGUAAUGCUGGCUUAAUCAUGAUAGCAUCGCAAUUUACACACGGCACUUCCAAAGUAUGAGUUCUUUUAUGGGGCUAAUAUAGUGAUCACUCUCCUAACCAUCCAAGGAGUAUUUACGCUGCACAUUUAAAACUUUGAUAAUCCCAAAUUUUUAAAUGUAUACUUAUAUAUAACCCCAUUUUUUCAGAGUGUAGGAAUGGGAGAACACCUCAUGUCAAAAAAAAAAUCUGAAAUUUUGUUGAUAUUUGAAUAUCAUCAUAUAUCAUAUUGGAUAUCAUGAGAUAUCACUUUUCAAACUAACUUCAAGUGUAAUGAUGUAUUUUCACUUUGAAAUAAAACAAUGGUAGUGCACACAGAGCACUAAUAUAAAUUGAUAGAUGAUUCAAUAGGAGUCAUAAUAUCACAUAAUACAAAACAAUGCCAUCAAAUCUCACCUCUGUAUUUUUGACUUACUUACUGUAAUUAAUUGCUAUUCAGGUUGUUAACAGGAAAAAUAUUUCCUAUUUGAUAGUAAAUUUUAAAAAGCUGAGGUUAUACACCAUUUCGAAAUUGUAAAAUGUGACUCGAAGUAGUUGUUUUUUUAUUACAAAAAAUGCCAAAAAGGGUAUUCAAAUUACUACAACAAGAAAAAAAAUUGUCUAUCGGUGAUAUCUGGAUUUUUUGGUAUCUUGGUUCAAAUACAGUAUUAUCAUGAUAUUUGACAUAUAAUAAUUUCUUCACAAUCAAAUUUUUUUAAAUUCCAAAAUAUUUUCUUUUCGCUGUUUGGAUUAUAAAAAUCACUUUCUAAGAGGGAUGAGGAUUUCAAUUCAACAAAAUUUCUGAAAAACCCUAAAUAUAUGAUAUAAUUCAAACAAAAAAAUGUAACAAUACUAAUUAGAAACCUUACAAAACCCCAAAUAAUAAGUCGUGAAAAAUGACAAAUUACUAACAUUCAGAGUGAACAAAUAUUCCAGACCAUUGGUUCAUCAUUAAAUUCUGGAAUAGAAAGCAAAUGAACACAAGAUAAAAAAAUCUGCUGUACGAAAUAAGAUUAGUUCAAAUAAGACUGAUCUACAUAUUGUUCCCUUAAACAUAAUAUAUAUCAGAUUGUACCAGACAUCUUCUAACAAUGGAUCGUUUUCAUUUAAACCUUGAGUAUUUUCAAUUUUGCAAGGAUUAAAAAUUUGUUCAAUUUUCUUUUUCGCCUCGAAUGCAAAUUUACUUACUAACCUUGUCAAUUCAACACAGUUUUCAAUGCCAAACUU